AUGGGGCUAAACCAUAAGUGGGAAUUCCUUGACAGGACUGGCGCAUGGCGGGCGGUGGCCGAAGAUAGGCGACUGCGGUGCGGUGAAGCGGGAACAACGUUGCCGCAUGGCCUUGCCGAGGCGGACGCGCGGUGCGAUAGCGGCCCACGCACGCGCGCGUCGCUGCUGCGCAACAUUUGGACGUGGCGUGAGACGCGCGGCGCGUGUAACGCAUCGUGGGCAUCGGCACAGCUAGAUGCGCUGUUGGCGGAGUACGACCGCGAGGCGUUACCAUCGCCAGCGCCUGCGCAGGUUCAGCUUGACCUCGACGUGCGACACGCCGUCGUCAUGGAGCGGGACUCUACUGUUAGACUGUUGGCAGAUUUACGGCUGAAGUGGAAAGAUAGUCGGCUUUCUUGGAACGCGAGUGAGUGGGGUUGCGAGUCGACCUUGGCAUCGGCCGAGCGGCUGUGGCUGCCCGACGUGCAGCUGCUGAACGCGGCUGAGACUGUUGUCGGCGAUCCGCUGCGGGCGCGCGUACAUAGCGACGGCUCUGUCGCGUGGAUUUCGCGCCUCGACCUCUCCACGCCGCUCGCCAUGCAACUACAAGAUUGGCCUAGCGAUACCCAGACGUGCGUCUUCAAAUUUGCGUCCCGAGCGCACACUAUUGAAGAACUAGACUUGUCUCUAAAGGACUCAUCGUACGCGACGGUGUUCGAAGCCAGCGCAUGGGAGAUCGUGUCCCUAUCGGGUUCGGUGGACACGUGGCAGGCGGCGGACGGGACGCGGCGCGUAGGCACGUACGGCGCGGCGCUGCGCCGGCGGGCGCCCGCGCACGCGCUGGCCGCUGCCGCCGUGGCCGCCGCCGUCGCGAUGCUGCUACUCGCCGCGGCGCUGCUGUCGCCACAAGAUAGGGCGCCGCUCUGCGCUUGCGCUGCAUUUACCACUUGUUUGUGACUUCUGGAACACUUCAUUCGUACGUUAUUGAUACGUAUAUACAGCUCAUUCCACGAAGCGCUUCGCUUUCUCCUUCCACGCAAUAGGAAGCCCAUAGCUUAAGAAAUGGAGUACAUGGCCGGCAUUUGUGUUUCUUACACUACUACAAUUUAGUAAUGGGCAUGAUAGAGGUAAAUGCGUAACGUCGUCGAGCGUCGGUGAUGUCGUGCUCAUGUUAUACAUACGAGCGUCCCGCUACGUCUACGGGACACGAAGGGAAGUACUCUAAAUAUUGUAGAUAGGAUAUUUCGCUUCAUGGAGACUUAUUUUACUCAAAAGCAAGUAAUCUGCACCGAAAGGCUCCCGAAAGUCGCUCGCCUCGUCCGGGAAUCGA